UAUUUAUCCAUUAACUGCGGGCAUGAGAUGGAAAUCUGCAUUUCGAGCAAUUUUGGCUUUGUUCCGAUCGGAAGUGGCUAAAUAAUGAGGAUAAUGUCGCUUUUUCACCUAGUUGAAGUUAGGAUGAAGUGGGCACGGUUUGCACUACUUUUUGUCAGCAUUGUCGCAGUGGCGCACGGGAGUUCUAAAGAGAACCCCAGACUGGAGGCCUGGCUCAGAAGUUGCCAGAAUGAGACUGGGGCAAGUGAAGACGACUUUCAGAUGAUUAAAUCGCGCAAAAUUCCCACUUCCAAAGAAGGGGUGUGCAUGGUAGAGUGUCUCUUUACAAAGCUGCACAUCAUCGAAAACGGGCAGUUCAAUCAGCGCGGCUUCGUCAUCACUUUUUCGCCGAUAGCCCGCGGAAAUCUGAAGAAACUGGCCGCCCUUAAGGAAGUGGCCGCUCUUUGCCAGGCGGAGGUCAGUGCGGUGCAGACAGGCGAGCAGUGCAGCGCCACCAGGACCGUCCUGGACUGCUUCGGCAAAAACAUGGAUAAACUAGCAAUUGCCAAAAAGCCCUGAGUGAAAUAAAGCCACUGUAUCCCUGCA